AUUUUCCUGGAUCUUUAAUGAGUACCCAACAUUUGUGAAGCAGGAUACUCGUCGCUUCAUCUCGCAGGAGACAGGGAAUCUGUACAUCGCCAUGGUGGAGCCCUCAGAUGUUGGCAAUUACACCUGCGUGGUGACCAACACUGUCACCAAGACCCGGGUCCAGGGUCCACCCACUCCACUUGUCCUCCGCAGUGAUGGUGUGAUGGGUGAAUAUGAGCCAAAGAUUGAAGUUCAGUUUCCAGAGAUUGUUCAUGUUGCCAAAGGAUCCACUGUAAAGUUGGAAUGCUUCGCUCUGGGAAACCCGGUACCAUCCAUAAACUGGAGGAGAAUGGACGGCGUACCCUUCCCCAGGAAAGUGGACAUGAGGAAAGCCAGUGGCGUCUUGGAAAUCCCAUAUUUCCAGCAGGAGGACGCCGGCACGUACGAGUGUGUGGCCGAGAACUCCAGGGGAAUGAACACAGUGAAAGGAAAGCUCUCUUUCUACGCCCCUCCUCAUCUCAUUGAGAAACCCCAAGAUGUCCAGAAGCUCAUUGAUGACUCGUUGGUGUGGGAGUGUAAAGCCACAGGGAAGCCGAAGCCGUCUUACAGGUGGAUGAAAAAUGGAGAGAACCUGGAGUCUGCAGAGGAGCGCGUACAGGUUGCCAAUGGAGCGUUGUCAAUCAGUCGUCUGACCCUGUCCGACACAGGAAUGUACCAGUGCGUGGCUGGCAACAAGCACGGCGAGGUCUACUCCAACGCAGAGCUCCGAGUUAUAGCUGUUGCCCCAGAUUUCUCUCACAACCAAGUGAGGAGCCAGACGCUGGUGAAGGUGGGAGGAGAUGCGCUCAUCGAGUGCAAGCCCAAGAUGUCUCCUUGGGGUGUGGUCUCUUGGAGGAAGGGCAGCGAACCGCUUCGAGAGAGUAACAGGGUCUCCAUUCUGGACAACGGUAACCUUCGGAUUUGGAACGCAACCAAAUCGGACGCAGGUCUCUACACCUGUGUGGCAAGAAACCAGUUUGGCGUGGCAAGUAGCACAGGAAGCAUCACAGUUAAAGAGCCGACCAUCAUAACCACCCUGCCGUCCACCUUGGACGUCACUGUGGGGGAGAGUGUGGUCCUGCCCUGUCAAGUGAGCCACGACCCGUCUCUGGAGCUCAAAUUCACCUGGUUCUUCAACGAGCAGCUCAUCCACUUCGGGAGCCACGGUGGAUUUUUUGAAAAAGUGGGAGGCCAUUCGGCAGGAGACAUUAUGAUUCGAAACAUCCAGCUGAGGCAUGCGGGGAAGUACACGUGCGCCGUACAAACGAAGGUGGACAGCAUUUCCAUUGCUGUUGACUUGGUUGUCAGAGGUCCCCCGGGGCCCCCCACCAGCAUCCAUGUAGAAGAAAUCACUGAUACCACAGCCUCUCUGUCCUGGAGGCCUGGUCCUGAUAAUCACAGUCCAAUUACGGCAUACACCAUCCAGGCCAGGACACCAUUUUCCCUCGGGUGGCAGGCUGUCACCACAGUUCCUGAGGUGGUGGGGGGCCACCGGCUGACAGCUACAGUAAUAGACCUGAGCCCUUGGGUGGAGUAUGAGUUCCGAGUCCUGGCAAGCAACACCAUUGGGACUGGCGAGCCCAGCAAGCCAUCUAAACAAGCAAGGACAAAGGGGACCUCUCCGAAGGUCACACCAGCUAAUGUGAGUGGAGGCGGUGGCAGUCGCUCGGAAUUAGUCAUCACAUGGGAGCCUGUUCCAGAGGAGCUGCAGAAUGGACCAGGAUUUGGCUACGUUGUGGCAUUUCGACCCCACGGUGCCACAGGAUGGAUGCAGGCUGCCGUGCCAUCUGCUGAAACAUCGAAAUACGUCUUUAAAGACGAAAGCAUCCAGCCCUUCUCGCCUUUCCAUGUGAAGGUCGGGGUCUACAACAAUGAGGGGGAAGGGCCGUUUGGGUCUGUCACCACUAUCUACUCUGCUGAGGAAGAGCCUGGCCGAGCGCCCACCAGGGUCCGUGCCAAGAGCCUCUCUGCGUCUGAGAUUGAAGUUUCAUGGAAAGCUCUGCCCUGGAAUGCCAGCAAGAAAAGAGUGCUGGGCUAUGAGCUGAGGUACUGGAGUAGAAGUGAAAAGGAAGACACGGCCAGUGUGCAAAGGACUGUAGGAAAUCAAACGUCUACUAUUAUCCGCGGUGUGAAAGGCAGUACCACAUAUUACAUCUCAGUGAGGGCGUAUAACACUGCUGGAACGGGGCCUCCCAGCGCCGCUGUCAACGUCACCACCAAAAAGCCACCACCCAGUCAGCCACCGGUGAAAGUGAUGUGGAACACAUCAAACUCCAAGAUUAUAUUGAACUGGGAGCAGGUCAAAGCCCUGGAGAAUGAGUCAGAGGUCACUGGUUACAAAGUGCUGUACAAGAAGAAUCGGCACAGCCGCCCCAACGUCAUGGAAACCAACACCACCUCUGUGGAGCUCGCCCUGCCCACUGAUGAGGAUUAUAUCAUCCAGAUAAAGCCAUUUGGAGAGGGAGGGGAAGGCAGCAGUAGCAGGCAGAUCACCAUCCCAAGGAUACCAGGCCCCAACGCAGUCGGCUCAGCAUCCAAGGUCUCCACUCUAUCAGCCCUCAGCACAAUAGCUCUGUCUUUCACAGCGCGGACAUCUUUAUGACAAACAGCUCCCAGCAGAUCUCCCAUCUGAUGUGCCGACAGCGCUACGGCGGAACGCAAACACAGCCCACUCUGGUGUAACUAGAUCCAUUCAUUUAGAUAUUAGAGGCAGAAGGAAGAUGCUGACGAAAAAAAAAAAAAAUACGCCAUUGAGAUGACAGGGAAGGAGUCCCCUUCAGCACCCAGGCAAAGUAAAGGAGAUUGACCGAUGUCGUGACUAUGUUGUUACCAAAGCAGCUUUCAUAAGAAAAAGAAUAAAGAGAAAAAAGUC